AUGGACGACGACACGGAGAUGACAGAACCAGGGCCAGGGCCAGGGCUGGGUCAGGGAUCUGAGGCGGAAGAAAUGACCCCUCUCCUGCCCUUCUUCUUAAGAGGCACUACCGCCGGACCAGACGACUAUCCGCUUUUUGGCUCAUGGGAAACGCCAUCAACUUCCUCUCUUGCCCAAGAGCAGAUCCAGGGGGAAUUAGCUACGAACCUCUUGUUCGCCUCACCUGCGAGACGCUCGAUAUCAGACCGUCUCUCCUCCGGCUCAAGAAUGGAUGGGGCACAGGACACGCUCAACGUGGAAAAGAGUCGUAUCUUGGAGCAGCUCCGGCAUAUGACGACGGAGGUAGACCAGCUGGAAAACCGAUUGCAGGCGGUAAAGCGAAGGCGUGCCCGAAUUGCCGCGUCGGCGAUACAAAAGCAACAGGAGCUCCAGGAUACUGAAGCGCAGGAGAUGAGGCAGGUGCUUGGGAGUGUGAAUCGUCUCAACUUAUCGGACAGUUUAAGAAAGCCAGGAGCCGACGUAGGCCAGACCGAUAAACGGGCAGUUAGGACGCCUCUAUCGACGCUUUCGACCGAAGCUAUCACUAACAUCAAUGUCGACAUGAUUCGGAGACUACAAAGCUUUACCAAUAUUGUAUUCACAUCGAUUGAAAACCAUACUCUGUCGAUAUCGGAGGAUGGAAUGAAAACUCGACGAUACCGUAUGGAGGGCGUGUGCUUCCAGCUGGAGUUCAAUGUCGAAUUCACAGUAAACGAGCCAAGUCUGGUUCUCAAGGAUACACGCAUUGACAUACCUCGCAACGUGCAAACGGAACUCGGGAGGUUCACUUCGAGAGCGCAGAAUGAAUCGUUGUUGAUGCCAUUCUUUCAGACGUUCUCACAGUACGCACAGAUGGACUAUGAUCGGCAAUCGGCGAUGAAUAGCCUGGCGAAGCGGUUCCCGCGACUUGUCAAAUCAAACCAAUCAAUCAGCAGGAUGGCCAAGAAAAAGCAAUCGACCUUGAGUGCCAUGGAUAUUUCAUCAUUUAUGUCCCCAGCAGGUCCUGGAGUGCAGUCAAUGACAUUCUCUGGUGCAAGAAAAUCAAGUCCAGAGCUGGUAUUCCAUUGGGCAAUUGACGUGACAGACCAAGGCAAACUUGUACCCUAUGUGCGAUUGUUACCUCGGAUGCCAAAGAAAUGGCGACAAGCGGAUGAUAAGGCUACAGUGGAUGCGAUCCCAGCGCAAUUCGUUCGACUCCUGCAGAUCAAAGGAAUAGAAGGGGCUGUUGCCAUUCUGCUUAAAUGCGUGUUUGGGCGGAAGGCAACUGAGUCCGAGUCCGACGAGGCCGAGAGCGUUGGCGGGCGCAGCUCAUGA